AUUGUGAAGAAGAAAUUAUGUAUCUUCUCCAAAAACAAUGCUUUUGUGAGUCAAUCAUCUCUUCUACUCAAAAUCCACGCUUGCGGCCAUUCUCUCUCCAUUCUCCAGUCCCCAUCUUCUCUGGGCACUCCUGGAGUAACUGGGUCUGUGAUGUGGGACAGUGGCAUUAUUCUUGGGAAGUUUCUGGAACAUUCUGUUAAAUCUGGAAAGAUUUCGCUCCAAGGGAAGAAUGUUGUUGAGUUGGGCUCCGGCUGUGGAUUAGUCGGCUGCAUUGCUGCUUUAUUGGGAGCUCAUGUAAUUCUGACCGACCUGCCUGAUCGACUGAAGCUACUGAAAAAGAACGUUGAGACCAAUCUCUAUGGAGACGUGCGAGGGUCUGCAAGAGUGGAAGAGCUAACAUGGGGAGAUGAUCUUGACAAAGAUUUCACUGACCCUUCACCAGAUUUCGUGAUUGGCUCAGAUGUUGUAUACAGCGAAGGAGCUGUGGUUGAUCUGAUGGAAACGCUUGUUGAACUUUGUGGGAAGCAAACAACUGUCGUCUUGGCUGGAGAGCUUCGCAAUGAUGCUAUCCUGGAAUACUUCUUGGAAGCUGCUCGUAAAGAGUUCGUUGUUGGGCGAGUUGAUGAAGGCCAAUGGCAUCCAGAUUAUCGCAGUUCGCGCGUUGCUAUAUAUGUUUUGGUGAAGAUAUAGAGAUAUUGAACAAGUCGUUCAGUUAUAUAGAAAUUUACUUGAAUUCUCCAAAGCUAGAUGGCCUUUUAAAUUUCGCAAUCUUGUUC